AUGGGGAGGGACAACCUGACCUGGGUGGACGAGUUUGUCCUACUGGGGCUCUCCAGCGACAGGCGGACCCAGGCUGGGCUCUUUGUCCUGUUUGGGGCCGCCUAUCUGCUGACCCUGCUGGGCAACGGUCUCCUCCUCGUCACCAUCCAGCUGGACGCCCAGCUGCACCUGCCCAUGUACUUCUUCCUCGGCCACCUCUCGGUGGUGGACAUCUGCUACACCUCCAGCUGGGUCCCCCAGAUGCUGGCGCACUUGGUCCUGGAGAAGAAAACCAUCUCCUUUGCCCGAUGUGGGGCCCAGCUCUUCUUCUCGCUGGCCUUUGGGGGGACCGAGUUCCUGCUGCUGGCCGCAAUGGCUUAUGACCGCUACCUGGCGGUCUGUGACCCCCUGCGCUACGUGGCAGCAAUGGGCCCCAGGCUCUGUGUGGUGCUGGCUGCCAUCCCUUGGCUUAUGGGCAUCACUAAUUCUGCGGUGGUGACAGCGGUCACCAUACACCUGCCCACCUGUGGGCACCACGUGCUGAACCAUGUGGCCUGCGAGACGCUGGCACUCGUCAGAUUGGCCUGUGUGGACAUCACCCUCAACCAGGUGGUCAUAGUGGCCUCCAGCAUGGUGAUGCUGCUGGGGCCCUGCUGCCUGGUGUCCCUGUCCUAUGCCCACAUCGUGGCUGCCAUCCUGCGGAUCCGCUCCACCGGGGGGCGCCGCAAAGCCUUCGGGACCUGCGCCUCCCACCUCACUGUGGUCUCCAUGUCCUACGGGAUGGCCCUGGUCACCUACAUGCAGCCCCGCUCCACAGCCUCCGCCGAGCAGGACAAGCUGGUGGUGCUCUUCUAUGCUGCGCUGACCCCCAUGUUGAACCCGCUCAUCUACAGCCUGCGGAACAAGGAGGUGCGGGCUGCCCUGAGCCGAGUUCUGCUGAGGGGCUCUGGAUCGAAGCGUUAG